UGGUUCAUGUUCGGUGGGCCUGGGGACCUCCCGCUGCUGCGGCUUCGCAUUUUGGACUACAAGUCCCAUGAAGACGUUCUCCGUAUGUGCGUCAUCGAACGUGGACGCGUUGGGCUGACGUAGCGUGCGGCCGCCGGCAGAAGUUUUAAAAUAAAGUGAAACUUUUUCCUUGUUAAACAUCAAACGUCUGCGAGGUUUAAUCCGCUGCUGUCCGGCUGUUCUCCCACAGUUCGUACCAAAGGCGACCCGAAGAGCGCAGAGGAAGCGGCUGCUGAGGCAGCAAUGUAUUCCCCAGACGAAGAGCCGUCGGCUGCUAUCACGGCUGCCCUGUCUGUGUUAUCGAGCGCCGUGUCAGCCGCCGUGGCGGUUAAUUCCAAGGCGGAUCUCUCCACGUUGCUAGACGAAUGGGAGGAAGCACAACGAGGCCCCACGGAGCAGCUGGUAUCCGUCCUCAACAAAAUAUCGGAGCUGAUCGAAAAAGAGACGGGAGAGUAUCACAAAGCGGACCCCGAUCCGUUUGAUGACCGUCAUCCAGGACGGGUGAAUCCCAACUGCAUACUGGGACAGCUCCUGAGGAUGAUCUUUCUGAACGAUGACUUCAUUAAUGCGCUUUUGGACAGGUAUAUAAUAACCAGCAGGGAGCACAGCCUCAACACAGCAGCCUGCCGCCUGCUUCAGAACAUCUGCCCGGGCCUGGAGACGACCGUGGUCUUCCAAGAGAAGGAGGGUCUGGCUGAAAGGUUGUUCGGCUGGGCUCGCGAAGCGGAGCGACCGCUGUGUGUCUACGCCACGGGUCUGCUGGCCAGAGCCAUGAGCGACCAGGAAGUGGCAGCCAGCUACAGAGACGAGAACGCUCAGCUGGUGCCGAUCAUGAUUAAACGUCUUCAUGAGCUGCAGUCUCAAGAGGCCACGAGUCACCUCAGUCCCACCCACACCUCAGAGAAACUACCUCAGGACUCUCAGGUUGAAGCCACCCGGACCUCAAAUGUCACAGCAGACCAGCAAGACAGGAUAGAGUGGGUGGAGGAGGAGGAAGAGGAGGAGGAGGAGAGAGCUGGAGAAAGCAGCAGGACCACGUCAAAAACCAAACCCGUGUCUCUGCUCGGUUCAGCCCAGAAGAGCAGCAGGUCUACCCGACUGCUCCCAGGAGGAUUAGGGAAGAAACGGGCCAUAAAGGAGAAUGGGAGGAAGGCAAAGCAGAAACUGAACUUUACCACCUCCUCCUCCUCAAGCACGACUGAGGAGGAUGAAGAGAGGACUGAGCCCAGCAAACAGCCAGCCAGCACCUCCUCGUCCUGGUCUGAAAUGAGCUCGAUGAUGAUCGGCUCCGACUUCUGCCUUUCACCGCUGAGUUUGGCCACGGAGCAGAGGCUCAUCCUGCAGUAUCUGACCCAGCUCGGAGAAUACCAGGAGCUGCUUGCUGUCUUCAUGCAGCUGGAUGUGCGGUCGCUGCUGAUGAGCUACAUGGACCUCAGACACACCAAGAAUGUGCAGCUCACCUUCGAUGCCCUGAUGCAUCUCGCCUCGCUCCUCAUCCAUAAGAAGUUUGCUACUGAGUUCAUCGCUCAUGGAGGAGUGCAGAAGCUUCUGGAGGUCCCGAGGCCCUCAAUGGCAGCAACGGGCGUGUCUCAUUGCCUCUACUACCUGGCAUAUAACCAAGACGCGAUGGAGAGGGUGUGCACUCUCCCAGACGGCGUGCUGACCGACAUGGUGUCCUACGCUCUGUGGCUGCUGGAGUCGUCCCACGCUUCAGGCGUCUGCCAUGCCACCAUGUUCUUCUCCAUUUCCUUCUCCUUCAGGGCGGUGCUGCAGCUGUUCGACCAGCAGGACGGCCUGCGGAGGCUCGUCAACCUGAUCAGCACUUUGGAGAUCCUCAACAUGGAGAACGAGGUGUCCAGAUUGAGUGAUAACCAAGUCUUCUCCAGCCGGCAGAAGGCCAAACACACCUGCAUGGCUCUGCGCAGGUACUUUGAGGCUCACCUCGUCCUGAAGACCGAGCAGGUGAAGCAGUCCCUGCACGCGUCAGACGGGGGUGCCAUCGUUCCCCAGCAGCCAUUUUACAAGGCAUAUUCGUACACCAGAGACCACAUCAUUGAGAUGAUGGAGUUUCUCAUUGAGUGCGGGCCUCCUCAGCUCCACUGGGAGCCGGUCGAGGUCUUCUAUAAGCUGUCCUGUGUUCCUCUAAUGCUGCAGCUCAUAUCUACAGCCUGUGACUGGAGGACCUACUUUGGCAGGAGUGACACGGUGCGCUACGCCUUGGACAUCCUCUCCAUCCUGAUGGUGGUUCCUAAAGUGCAGUUGGUCCUGGCAGAAACCGUGCAGGUGUUGGAUGAAAACAUGUCGCCUGUUUCCACUGUGGGUAUGAGCAUCAUUCUGGGUGUUGCUGAGGGCGAGGUGUUUGCCAACGAUGCUGAGAUCCAGAAGUCUGCACUACAAGUGAUAAUAAACUGCGUGUGCGCACCUGACCAGAGCCUGAACUCUGUGGGGGCUUUUGCCGUUACCCCUUUUAGGCCGCCGCUUCCUCCCCAGCAGCCCCCCACCCCCCACAACAGGGUGCUGGCACACAUGUGGCAAGUAGUGCAGAACAAUAAUGGCAUAAAGGUGCUGCUCGCUCUGCUCUCAGUGAAGAUGCCCAUCACGGAUGCAGAUCUGAUCCGCACGCUCGCCUGCAAGGCUCUGGUCGGACUCUCUCGCAGCUCCGCCAUCAGUCAGAUCAUCAGCAAGCUGCCGCUCUUCACCCGUGGCCACAUUCAGCAGCUGAUGAAGGAGCCGGUGCUGCAGGACAAAGGAAGCGAGCAUAUCCGCUUCUGCCGCUUCGCCAUCGAGCUGACCGAGCGAGUGUCCGGCAAGCGUCUCCUCAAGGGCACCGACGUGUCAUUGGCUCGCCUGCAGAAGGCCAACGUGGUCGCCCGGUCACGCAUCACGUUUUCCGAGAAGGAGCUCCUCAUACUGAUCAGGAACCACCUGGUGGCCAAAGGGCUCCACGACACGGCAAACACACUUGUUAAAGAGGCAAAUUUACCCGUAGCAGCCUUCUGUCUGAGCCCGUCCCCCUUCUGCGCCACCCCUCCACCUCCCGCCUCAGCAGUACCUAGGACUUGCAGGUUAACCGGCGGGAUCGCGGCUCGUCUUGCCCGCCACGUUGGAGCCUCUCCCCUGUCCUCGGCUGUUUCAGGCUGCCCUUCACCUUCUUCUCAAUCCCUGGCAUCUCUUCGCCCUUCAUGCUCCUCUGCUUCUCCCUCUACCCACACCACUCCUCCUCAUCCUUCACCUCAGGGACAGGGCUCAUAUCCCAUUGGCCGUAUUUUGUUCUCACGGGAACGCCCAGUGACCAAUUGCAACUCAGGAAAAAAGCUUUGUGCCCUGAAACGAAAGUCGGACCACGGUGCUUUCAUACAGACUCCAGCAAUGAAGAAGCAGAUGGAGCGCCACCUUCCUUCCCCUCCGACCCUCGACAGCAUCGUCACGGAGUACCUGAGGGAACAACACGCCCGCUGCCCCAAUCCGGUCACUACGUGCCCCCCUUUCUCGCUGUUCACCCCCCACCGCUGCCCGGAGCCCAAGCAGAGGCGACAAGCGUCUGCCAACUUCACUGCUCGCCUGGGGAGCAGGAUGCUGUACCCGAAAUAUGGAGGUGUGGGCCGCGGGGGCCUGGAUAGACAUCUGAUAUUUAGCAGGUUUCGUCCAAUGUCGGUCUUCCACGAGGGCAACAGAGACGAGAGCGGCUUUACCUGCUGUGCCUUCUCAGCCUGCGAGCGUUUCCUGAUGCUGGGAACCUGCUUCGGUCACCUCAAGUUCUAUAACGUCUUCUCCGGAGAAGAGGAGGCCAACUACAUCUGCCACACAUCUGCCAUCACACACCUCGAACCCUCCAGGGAUGGGAAGUUGCUGCUGACCUCUGCUUCAGGGAGCGCCCUUUUGUCAGCUCUGUGGAGCUUGGAUGGAGUCUUUAGCAAAAGAAACUCCUUUGCAGACGAUCACUACGUGGAGUUCAGCAAACUCUCUCAGGACAGAGUCAUCGGCACCAAUGACCAAGUGGCAAACAUCUACGACAUCCAGACGGGCCAGAAGACUCUGACCCUGAAUGCCCCAGCCCUGGCCAACAACUACAAUAGGAACUGCGCCACGUUCAGUCCCACCGACGAUCUGGUGCUAAACGACGGGGUGCUGUGGGACGUGCGGGCGUCACGGGCCAUCCACAAGUUCGACAAGUUCAACAUGAACAUCAGCGGGGUUUUCCAUCCCAACAGCCUGGAAGUCAUCAUCAACACGGAGAUUUGGGACCUGAGGACCUUCCACCUGCUGCACACCGUCCCCACCCUCGACCAGUGCAGGGUGGUCUUCAACAGCAACGCCACUGUCAUGUACGGAGCUAUGCUCCAAGCCGAUGAUGAGGAUGAUGCCAUGGACCAGCAGACGAAGAGUCCAUUCGGAUCCUUCUUUAGAACCUUUGAUGCUACAGACUACAAGCCCAUCGCCACAGUGGAUGUGAAGAGGAACGUGUUUGACCUGUGCACAGACACCAAGGACUGCUACCUGGCUGUCAUUGAGAACGAGGACACCGUGAGCUUGGACACAGUGUGCCGUCUGUACGAGGUGGGACGACAGAAACUAGCAGAGGAGGGAGACGAUGAUGAUGAGGAUGAUGAAGAUCAGGAUGAUGACAGUUCCUCAGACUCCAAUGAUGAUGAUGAUUUAGACACAGACCCGCUCAUAGAGGAACUGGCCAAUAACAAUGAGGCAGAAAACGAGGACCGAGCCGACUCACGCAGAGAUGAGAUUGCCGAUGGUCUUGCUGGCACCAGUGACUCCGAGGACUCGGACAGUAGUGAUGAGGGAUCUGAUCGGUUUGACCCCAACGUAGCAGAAUUGUUCUCAGAGGCUUCUGAUGACGCGCUGAUCCAGUCCAUCCGUGACCUCCAUGACCGAUGGUUCUCCUGACAUCUGCCUGUGAUAGUACUGAGUUUACCUGAGAAUGUAUUGUCCUGGUAAAAAUAACCAUGGGUGGGAGGAGGGCUGUGAGGAAGCACAGCUUGAACUGGAUUAGAAGGACACAGGCUGGGCCAUACGGCUGCUCGCUGUUAAAGCGCGCUGUCAGGGAGUUUGGAUCUUACUGACGUCUGAAGCAGUGAUGGGCCAGGAAGGGGAAACAAAGACUUGGGGAAAGAAUUUGCUGGAAGCUGAGGAGAUAGUGGCCCACCACUGCUGACCGGCCAACUUUAGACUGAUGUGAUUGAGGCUGAUUCGCUGUAUGAUGGUUGGAGGUCAUGUGACCACCUGUUUCUCCCAGCCAUCCGUUCUAAAAGGCUCAAAGCAUCUCAAAGGAUUUCAUUCCCACGCAGUUCGUCUGUAAAGGUGUUUAAAGUGAAUCCCGUCAGGUCUGCAUCAUUACUGAUAUAACCACAUAACCACAGGCCUGUGGAAAACGUUUGUCGUGUGUGUUUUGCUUUUGGUCCUCUGAAUGCCAGAAUGUGGGAGAACAUCACUUCUCUGAUAGCUUAAGGUCACUUUGACCUCACAGGGUUCAUUAGACUGACCUUUAUGUUCUUUGCCUCAUAGUUUAGGGGCAUCAGACCUGUCUGAAGGCACUUUCUAAUAAAUCAGGUUAAAGAAAGAAUUUGUGUCCCAUAAAGUAACAGAGCAGAUCACAGCUUGCACUCCUCAGGGAUGAAGGCUUUAGGAAGGUUUUGUUGGAGGAACAAGUGGAUCAACAAGUCUGCACUGCUGACACCUUUGACCUCAAACAGGUCCAAAAAGUGUGAAGUACGUUAAAUAAAGGCUGCUGCUUACCUGUCAAGGUCUUUACUUUCCAAUCACAGACUAAUAAUUUGAACUAAUCUGCUACAUUUUCUGUUGUGAACUUUGCACACUGAGAAAUAAGAAUGU